AUGGCAGACAACCUCGCCCUCAGUCUCUACGGCCUCUCGGCCAGUGAACUUCGGGAACUGAUCCUAGCCCUCUGCAUGGAGAAGAAGGUCAAGGAUGCAGCAAGAUGUCACAUUGAUGUCAUGCGCGGCGCAUCCGUCUCAACAACCCCCACUGCCAAGAUUGCUUCUUCCCACUUUAUUCCGUAUACUCUGCCAGCAGCUGCUGCCGAGACGGAUCCCUUCGGCCCUUUGCACUUGGCAACACCUCCAACCUCCCAAAGACACCAUUUGCCGAGCCUCUUGACUUCUCCUCUCGAUCCUGGCAAGGUCACCAAGACGCCAUCCAAGACGAGUGCAAAGAACAAGAAGAAGCUGCAGGAGCAGCAGCAGAACCUUUCGCCGAUCAAGGUGAAGCGCACGACUCUCUAUCACACCUGCGCAAACUGCAACAAGCGUUUUAGACAGCAGGACAACGGUGUACACGCCUGCUGCUACCAUCCCGGUCAGCUGGUGAGUAGCAGCACUCUUGAUUUCGCCGAUGAUUGGACUCGCACGUCGCCACGCACCAAGAAGUACAGCUGCUGUGGCAGAGGCGAGAAGGCAGUGGGCUGCCAAUUUGAGAGACACGUCGCAGAGGCGUCCGAUUAG